UGACUGGAGUUCAGCAGGCCUUCUGCCAUCUACUUUCACAGGCUGGCAAGGUUAAAUCUUUCAGCGUCUCCUCUCAUGGGUUUCAUAAUAUUCCAUCGUCUGACCAAUCGGCAUUCUGAAAAUGGAGAGAAUAAUGAUAGCCGUUUGUCAGGAGAUCAGUUUCCGAGAAUAGUGAUCAAUUAUAUCACAUCAUCAGGUUUUGUCUUUAGUAACCUAUUGAAGGCUCAUAUGCAUGCAUGGAUAGAGAGCUAAACAAACAGUAUCACAGCUCUGAUGUCGGCUUUGGUGCAAAGCAUUUUUGCACCUUUGUGGUGCAAACCUUCUGGAUAAAAGCUUUGUGCUAUUGCUGCUUCAUUGAUGAAUGCUAUAGCACUCCAGCUAAAAGAAAAUUGAAUGGCGCUGACAUGAGAGUGGAAAAAGAAAGGACGGCUCUGGGUGGAAUUAGGACGCUCGGUUCACGGAUGAUGGGCUUAUUUUAGCACGAUUGAUAAGCCACUCGAUGGGGAUUCACCGGCGAGCUCCCAGCUGUGUGUCCUGCCCUGCGGCCCGCUGCCUGCCCUCUCUCUUCAACACCUCCUCCACCGAAAUCAUGAAACUAGUAUUAACUGAAUGGCAAAUGAUAUGGAUUUUUACUGUUUCUAAUAGACAGUAAACACACACUUACCAUUUACACGCACCACACACAUACACUUACCCAUUUACACACACCACACACACAUACACACAUAUACACACACAUUCAUACCUACUGUCACUUACAUACAUAUACACAUACAUUUACUCACACCAAAGGGAGUGACCUCAUGACAAAGCCAUAUCUCCCUCACGGGUGCAUACCAAAAAUCCUGACACGGUUCUGCUCAGAGCUUCACGGCAUGUCCUUGAGGAACCAAAACGGAAUGUAUUCUUCGCAGUAAGCGCUUGAUUCCUUUCAACAGCGCACUUCAAUUACCCAAAGGAGCUGCUUGGAUUUUAACGUGCACCAUUCAUCUUUUGAAUUGAGUUGGCUUUAUUUUGGUUUUGCACAUCUUUAAAGAGUGAGGUGUCCUUCCCUUGCCGAUUGCAUGCCGACGACGAUGGCGCCCAAGAACACUGAUGCAGAUGCCAUGCAGGUGCAGGAAGUCGUGGUGGUCCCUGCCAAGACGGCCAGCAGAGGCUCAGACAGAGGUGGAGGAGGGGACAAGGCUAACGCAGCGGGUGGAGCCACUGGACGGGACCAGGAGAGUCAAGAGGAGUCAGCAAGCGAGGGUUCUAUAGACAGCAUCCCCUUGCGCCAGUGGGUUAUGAACGGAGCCAUCAUGUUUGGACGAGAGUUCUGCUACGCAAUGGAGACAGCCCUGGUGACUCCCGUACUGCUGCAAAUUGGUCUUCCAGAACAGUACUACAGCCUGGUGUGGUUCCUGAGCCCCAUCUUGGGCCUCAUGUUCACUCCUUUGAUAGGAUCAGCCAGUGACCGCUGCACUUUGCGCUGGGGUCGCCGCCGGCCCUUCAUUCUGGCACUGUGUGUGGGUGUGCUCUUCGGCGUAGCGCUCUUCCUCAACGGAUCUCUAAUAGGUUUGGCUAUAGGAGACGUGCCCAACAAGCAGCCUAUAGGCAUCGUUCUGACGGUGCUUGGAGUGGUCGUGCUGGACUUCUGUGCUGAUGCAGCUGAGGGGCCCAUCAGAGCAUAUCUGCUGGAUGUGGCUGACACAGAAGAGCAGGAUAUGGCUCUCAACAUCCACGCUUUCUCAGCAGGACUGGGAGGUGCUGUGGGCUAUGCACUUGGUGGUCUUGACUGGACAAACACCUUCCUUGGUCAGGCUUUUAAGUCCCAGGAACAAAUCCUGUUUGUGUUUGCAGCUGUAAUAUUCAUCGUCUCAGUGACACUGCACCUCUUCAGCAUUGAGGAGGAACAGUAUAUCCCGCAGCAGGAACGACUGGAUGAGGAGGCUGAUGGGACAGCCUCUGAUAAAAUGAAUGUCCUGUUUGGUCUUCCGACAUCGCAGCAGCAGCUCGAUCUGAUGUCUGAGGAUGUGCCCUAUGAGCGUGAAGUCCACUCAGUUGAGCCAGAGCUGGACUUCCUGGAUGUGGAGCUGGUGCGCAGUAAGAGUGACUCAGUGCUGGCCAUGGCUGAUGGCACACUGGAGCAUGAGGCACUCUUCUUGCGCCAGAUAGAGCCUUCCAUCUUUCAUGAGCGCUUAUCAUCCUACCACGGCAGCCAAGAGUUCCCACUUGGGCGCUUCAGCUUCAGCCGUCACUCAUCCUUGGUGCACGAACCAGAGGGUGAAGAGGUGCCACUCCAUGCGGAAUCCAAAGCCCCCAAUGGCCAACUAGCAGGGAACAGUGAUACCGUCGGACAUUCCCAGCCACUUCCAACAAAUGCGCUCAAAUCCUCCAGUGCUGGAGCUGCCAUCCGGCGCCGGCGCCACACCUUCUACCGCCAGUCGUCCUGUACUUUCUCCUACUAUGGACGCCUGGGCUCACACCGCUACCGCUACAGGCGUGCCAACGCCGCCGUGCUUAUAAAACCAUCACGCAGCAUGAACGACAUCUACGAGAUGCAGCAGCGUCAGAGGAGGGGGCAGCGGCACAGGGCUCGGCACCAAAGUGGAAACACUACAUCGAGCGGAGACACUGAAAGUGAGGAGGGUGAAAUGGAGACUACUGUACGCCUUCUCUGGAUGUCCAUGCUAAAAAUGCCCAAAGAAUUACUGCGGCUGUGUCUUUGUCACCUGCUCACCUGGUUCGCCAUCAUCGCUGAGGCUGUGUUCUACACUGACUUUAUGGGACAGGUCAUCUACGAGGGUGAUCCCACGGCUCCUUCAAACUCCACUGAGCUGCAAAACUACCAUAAAGGAGUGCAGAUGGGCUGCUGGGGCCUGGUAAUCUAUGCUGCCACUGCUGCUGUCUGCUCAGCUUUACUCCAAAAGUACCUGGACAACUUUGACCUCAGCAUAAGGAUCAUCUACAUUCUGGGCACCCUGGGCUUCUCUGCCGGCACAGCCAUCAUGGCCAUCUUUCCCAACGUCUACAUGUCCAUGGUGAUGAUCAGCAGUAUGGGUAUCAUCUCCAUGAGCAUCUCCUACUGUCCAUAUGCUCUACUGGGCCAGUACCAUGAGAUCAAAGAGUAUAUCCAUCACAGCCCUGGCAACUCAAAGCGAGGCUUCGGCAUCGACUGCGCAAUACUGUCCUGCCAGGUGUACAUCUCUCAGAUCAUCGUGGCGUCAGCAUUGGGUGCAGUGGUGGACGCAGUGGGCAGCGUGCGUGUCAUCCCCAUGGUGGCAUCCGGUGGCUCUUUCCUGGGUUUCCUGACCGCUUGCUUCCUGGUCAUCUAUCCAGGAGAUGGUGAUGGGGAGAAGAGUGAGCAGAACAAAGCUCUCACUAAUUCUAACAACAGAGAGAAUGACACCAGCACAGAGAAGCCCACUGUCCUCAAGCUUACACGCAAAGGCACCACCACAACCUGCAAAGUGGAGUGCGAAUCCACGCUGUAAUGAAGAUGAGCGGCUGUGGAGCUCACAUUCCCUCUAUCCUAACAGAGUUCAGCGUGCACUGGGGAAUGAUGUAGAUUUAAUUUGUUUCUUCAUUUGUUUUGGGAGGUGGCAUUGUCAGUCUUGAUCCUCAUGGCCACCAGGGGGAACAGGACACUCGAAAUGACAAGGGCAUUGUUGUCUCUCUUUCUUUCUAUACAUAUAUAUUUCUCUAUUUAAGCAUGCACGUCAUCCAAUCAAAGAUCCUACUUCCACUCCAAGUGCAAGACUUAAUCCUGUAAUCUAAUCUAAUUGAAAUGAGAAUUAUUUGUGUAAGAUAAUCACUUGGAUUCUAGGUUUUGUUUCCAUUGACGAUUGUUCCUUCAUGUUUGAUUGUUUGGUUUUAUGGCCUCCCGUCCAGGAAGACGAAGUUUCCCAAGUACAUUUACAUUAAGUAAUAUUUACUCCUUGUUUUUAUACGUGUCAACUCGUCGUGGCUUUAUGUGAAUGUGUGAUCAGCAGCAAGGCACCCAAAGGUUUAAAACGGACUCAAAUCCUUGUUUCUGUAUUUCGUUAACCUUUCCAUAGUGUUUUAGUUUGUGCAAAACUGCUAAAAAUCUGUGCUGGGAGAAGGAAUUGAUUCUCCUUCAACGAUUCCUACCUUUUCCAGGGUCCUCUGCUCCACCUAUGAGCAGUACAUAUAAAAAAUUUCAACACAUAUCCAAAUCUUCCACCCAUUGGUGGAAAUGCUUUACUCCUUAACAAAUAAUGCCGUAACGAAUCUCAAUGCUGCGUCUGAGUCUUCAUGGAGCGAACGAGUAAAUAUGUGAGGAUAGUGGAAGAUCCCCUGUGUAUCUUUCAGUUCAGUUUUCAUUUGUAACAGGAUGUGAUUGGAGUCAGCUCAGUGGUUUUGUAGUUUGAGUGCCUGAACGUGGGGCUUGAGGUGAUUUGGUAAGGUGCUUGAGGAGCAUUUCAGUGUCAGUGCUCACUGUUUUCACUUUUUGUCAGAACUUAAGCUGUGUAGUGAAUUCAGUAAAAAAAAAAAAAAAAGUUGGUUUUAGUUUAGUUCUUGACCUUUCUGUGUGCUUCUCUUGAAUGGAGGGUGCUUGGGACUGAAGUGCUGCACCAUCACUAGUAAUGUUUACAUUCUCCUUCACUGCUGCAUGUUGGAAGUCAUUUUUAGACCCUUCCACACUGAGAUCUCCCAAUUUUCUUGUCAUCUCUGGCACCUUGGCUCUUCCGUGGCCUCUGAUUCAGUUCCAGUUUACUCCACAGCCGUGCAAUACAUCUGUGAUGGUGGACGCUGGGGUGGUUGUGUGCUUAAUCUUUCCAGCUGGUCUUCUGGGAUUGUUACAUUUGGUGUAAAGUGGUGAGAUUUCUGACUUGCUAAAGGCUGGAUGACCAGUCAUGAUCUUAAGUCAGGACCCUAUUGGGAUAUUUACAAGACACGAUAUUUACUUCCAUGUUGCUGUUUAGCAUGUCAGACACUCUGAAGCAUGUUGACAAUGUUUGUGUUUCCCUCGAAGCAGAUUUGUACUUAUAGCAAUCUUUAUACAGUAUUAAAACAAAGUCCUAAGCUGAAAUAUGUUUUUUUGGAAUGUUGAUUUAAAAGAAGAAGAAGAAGAAAAAAAAACAAUGAACCAAACUUGAAGAAAUAUAUAUGUAUACACACAGCUUAUUUUCAGACAAAUCAGACACAGUUGCAAUAAUAAUGUUACUUGCCUCAGAACGUGUGGACGUUUGAGCGCUGAAUUUUUCUACCUAGUGCAUGAGGAUGCUGCAUCCUAUAUACUAAAGAAAUGCAAUACAUUUUAUGAAGGCCAUUUAGCCUCUAUAAUGAACAUGUAAAAAACAUGUUAUAAUGCAUUUAUAAGGCAUUGUUGUUAACAUUGAAUUGUUAAAAUAACGUGUCAAGUAUUAACAGUGUACCACAACGACACUAUCUGUAUCUCUAACUGUUCAGUUAAAAAACAAAAAAUCCCUAUCUAUAUUCUGUUUAAAACAUGAAGUGGGUGUGGCCUAAACCAAAUGUAAUUUUUUCAUUAUAAUAUGAACCCAAUCACAAUGCUCCCAAAGGAAAACUCUGGACAAAAUUCCAGAGGAAAAAAAAUUAGCUACAUCAUUCAAGGUCAUAAUUUGUCGCAACUUGAUAUAUGUUUGAGGGAUUUAAAAAAAAAAAAAAAAAAAAAAAAUCCUGCUCAGUUUUUUUUUUUUUUUUUUUUUUUUGUGUACCUAUUAGUUUUGUCUGUACCAACCCAUGUUAUUUUCUUCCAGAUUUACUUGGUUUAAUUUCCCAAAGUAUAAACUAACUAGUAGUCUAAUUUAAACUACCACAACUCUGAGCAGGCAGUUACUAAUGAUGGAUGAAUGAACAUUGUAAAUGCACUUUGUUACUGUUCAUGUUAAUGAGCAUGGUCUUUAUUUGUCCCACAGGCUUUAUAUCUGUAUUUAUGUCCGUUUAACAUUAUCUGUCCUCUCCAAAUACUGUAUUCAUAUUUGACUAUAUACCGAAUAAGAAUUUUCAAAAUAUCUCACACUUUAUGUAGAGCUGUCAAGUGCUGCUUUAUACAUUCUUAUAAAUAAGAAAAAUAAUAAAUAUUAUAAAAUAUUUGAGUUAUAGCAAAAAAAAAAAAUAACGCUACAAUACAUUAAAAGUUUAAUACAUCUUGAGUUCAAGAAAAUACAAAAAUUGGAAAAAGUAUAGUGCUCAAUUUAUCUGUUAAGCAUAAUAUGCAAGCUAAGUUUCCUGGACAUGUUAUGUACACUACAUUGUACUGUAUUAACAAUUAAUAACGUAAAGUGCAAUUUUCAUUAAUGAUUAUAAUAAUAUGUACAGUAUAAUGCCUUUAAAAUGUUUCAUAACAUAGAUAUGGUGGAUAUAGAUAUGGAUAUAAAUAUGGCCUUCAUAGAAAGUGUUACUGAUAUGUACUCAUUACUUAAAAUAUUAGAGACUUGGCAUAAGUUAUUGGACAGGUCUCCUAUUUUUAUUUUUAUUUUUUAAAUACUUGAAGUGUGCUGUGUUAGUUUUUUUCAAUGAUCCAAAAAAGUGUAUGGUAAAGACCUGGAUGAAGGGAUGCUCGGUUGGACUUGAUUUGGUUAGCUUUGCUCUAUAAGGAGGUGUGUUCAAGUCACGUGAAUGUAACUAUUGUCAUAUUAUUGUUUUACUAUGAGCAAAAGAUCUGACAUUGCAAAGAACUUGCACACGGGCUGUCAUCCCUGACUCGGAUUAUGCAUAGUCUUGGACUACGAAGGAUUUCCGAUGAAGUUGCAUCUUUUACUGUGCAAGUUAGUUCAAGACAAGGCUUAAUCCUUGUCUUAAAGGAUGCCCGCACAGAGUUUUAAGAAUCAUCUUGCAAAAGAAAAAAAAAAACUGUGGAUAUUUAUUUUUCAGCGCUUUCAUGUUAUACAAAAUGCUUUGGCUUUAUUUAAGGAAGAAAAUAUAAUUGCAGAGAGAUCUAUUAUUAAGUGUUGUACUAAAUGCAAAUUAGUAUGCGAAGUAUGUGUUGGAAAAGAUCAGAGAGCUGUGAGCGUGUGUUGUGUAUGCGUGUGUGUGUCUGUGUAAUGUCAGAAUUAGACUUUAGCUUUACAUUUCCUAGUUUACAGACAUUAAUUUAAAGCAAAUGUCACUUAAGUCAAUGAUUCUCAUUAUAUGUAGUUCAAGGUAUGUGAUUACUGAAUAAUCUUUUAUCAUUGCCUCAUUAUGAUUGUGUCUUUGUUCCGUGUUCAUCAUUAUAAAGAAAGUAAGUGGAUGUUAACACUGUUACAACAGACAAAAUGUAUGAAGGAGAAUAGAAUAUCUGCAGUGUACUAUAUGCCUCUUAUUUGAAAGUUGUAUAUAUUCCUUUGAAAUAGCUUCUUUUGCUGCUAUUUAAAAAAAAAAAAUCUGAUUAUUUUUGUUAGUUUCAUUUUCUAAGAAAUGUACAUAACAUCUGUAAAUAUGCACAAGCCUUCAAAUGUAGACUUAUUCAGGAACACUGUAUUGAACGCACCUUUAAAGAAUCACUGAAAGAAACAUUGCUGAUGCGUCUCCUUUUUCAUCUGGUCCUUUCCCUGUAUAACUGCAUG